AUGGCGUUGGACGAAAGCUACGAUAGCACAAUACUGCCUUUUAAUCAGCUUGAUGAUACUGCUUUUAAUAUUGCACUCUACGAAAUGUCUCAUGGUCCUUUAAAUUAUGAUACUGAUCGCUUACAAUCUUUAUUAUAUAACCCUGUUGAACAACAAAUAUCAACCGCUAAUUCAUUACUAAAUACUCUUGAUCCAGAUAUGAAUCUGAUAAAUUCACCAUCAGCCAGUGAAUAUAUGGUUGAAGAUGAAUUUAAUAAUCUAA